CGCUUCAGGCUCACUGCGCGAACGACUGUCAAGGGAGCAGGAGCGCGGAGCUGCCGGAAGUGUCUGCGCGCCGCGGGGGAACUUUCCUGCCCCGGCCGCGGCCCGGAGCCUCCGCCGCCUCCGCCGCCUCCGCGCUCGCAGCGACGAUGCGCCCGGGUGACAACGACCUGAGCGGACCCGCGCCUCGGCCCACCGCCCGCGUCUGCGCUCGCCUGGCCUCGGCGGAGGAAGCCUGAGCCCGGAGGCGUCCGCGCGCCGCGGAGCCCGGCGCAGGCGGCGGGACGCGCGGGACCCGUUUUCCCCGCGCGUCUCCUCGCGUCCCAGCUCGCUCCCCGCGAUCGCGCGUCCCCGGCGUCGGCCGCGGUCGCCGGCUGUCCCCGCCUCGACCGCCGGCCCGGACGUGCCCCCUGCGGCCGCUGGCAGUGCCUGUGCCAUGGGGCUGCCGACUCUGGAGUUCAGCGACUCCUACUUGGACAGCCCGGAUUUUAGGGAGCGCCUGCAGUGUCAUGAGAUUGAGCUGGAGCGAACCAACAAGUUCAUCAAAGAGCUCAUUAAGGACGGCUCUCUGCUCAUCGGGGCGCUGAGGAAUCUGUCUAUGGCAGUACAGAAAUUUUCCCAGUCACUGCAAGAUUUCCAGUUUGAAUGUAUUGGUGAUGCUGAAACAGAUGAUGAAAUUAGUAUCGCUCAGUCACUGAAAGAAUUUGCAAGACUACUCAUUGCAGUAGAAGAAGAAAGGAGAAGACUGAUUCAAAACGCUAAUGAUGUACUAAUCGCGCCACUCGAGAAAUUUCGCAAAGAGCAAAUCGGUGCAGCAAAAGAUGGAAAGAAGAAGUUUGACAAGGAGAGCGAAAAAUACUAUUCUAUUCUUGACAAGCAUUUAAAUCUGUCUGCAAAGAAAAAGGAGUCUCAUUUGCAAGAGGCGGAUACGCAGAUUGACCGAGAGCAUCAGAACUUCUACGAAGCAUCGCUCGAGUAUGUCUUCAAAAUUCAAGAGGUUCAGGAAAAAAAGAAGUUUGAAUUCGUUGAGCCGCUUUUGUCUUUCCUUCAGGGUCUAUUCACUUUUUACCACGAGGGAUAUGAACUCGCCCAGGAAUUUGCACCGUAUAAGCAGCAGCUGCAGUACAACUUGCAGAAUACAAGGAAUAAUUUUGAAAGCACCCGACAAGAGGUGGAGCGGCUGAUGCAGAGGAUGAAAUCUGCCAAUCAGGAUUACAGGCCACCCAGCCAGUGGACGAUGGAAGGCUAUCUUUACGUGCAGGAGAAACGACCACUUGGUUUUACAUGGACAAAACAUUACUGUACAUACGAUAAGGGAAGUAAAACAUUUACAAUGAGUGUUUCAGAAAUGAAAUCCGGUGGGAAAAUGAAUGGCCUUGUUACUAGCUCGCCAGAAAUGUUUAAAUUAAAAUCCUGUAUCCGACGAAAGACGGAUUCAAUUGACAAACGAUUCUGCUUUGACAUAGAAGUAGUUGAAAGGCAUGGGAUCAUCACGUUGCAGGCCUUCUCAGAAGCUAAUCGGAAACUCUGGCUUGAAGCCAUGGAUGGGAAGGAACCGAUUUAUACCUUGCCUGCGAUUAUUAGCAAGAAAGAAGAAAUGUACUUAAAUGAAGCAGGGUUCAACUUUGUGAGAAAAUGCAUUCAAGCUGUGGAAACGCGAGGUAUCACCAUUUUAGGCCUUUACCGAAUCGGAGGAGUGAACUCCAAGGUUCAGAAACUCAUGAACACUACAUUUUCUCCUAAAUCCCCUCCCGAUAUGGACAUUGACGUUGAACUGUGGGAUAACAAGACAAUAACAAGUGGGCUGAAGAACUACCUCAGGUGCCUUGCGGAACCACUGAUGACUUAUAAAUUACACAAAGAUUUUAUUGUUGCUGUUAAAUCUGAUGACCAGAACUACCGGGUGGAGGCUGUGCACGCGCUGGUGCACAAACUGCCGGAGAAGAACAGAGAGAUGCUGGACAUCUUAAUAAAGCACCUGGUCAAAGUGUCACUACAUAGCCAGCAAAAUCUCAUGACCGUCUCAAACCUGGGUGUCAUAUUUGGUCCAACUCUAAUGAGAGCACAGGAAGAAACUGUGGCUGCCAUGAUGAAUAUUAAGUUUCAGAAUAUCGUGGUUGAAAUUCUGAUAGAACACUAUGAAAAGAUUUUUCAUACUGCCCCAGACCCAAGCAUUCCUCUUCCUCAGCCUCAGUCUCGAUCUGGAUCCCGAAGGACACGUGCCAUCUGCCUCUCCACGGGCUCCCGGAAGCCCAGGGGGAGGUAUACUCCGUGCUUGGCAGAACCUGACAGCGACUCCUACAGCAGCAGCCCGGACAGCACACCCAUGGGGAGCAUCGAGUCACUUUCCUCUCACUCCUCUGAGCAAAACAGCACCAUGAAGUCCGCCUCCUGCCCGCCCAGGGAGAAGUCUGCAGGGAUCCCUUGGAGUGCAUCCCCGUCGCCUUCCAACGGACAGAAGAGCCUGGGGCUCUGGACAACUAGUCCCGAGUCAAGUUCUAGAGAAGAUGCAACCAGAACGGAUGCCGAAUCCGACUGCCAGAGCGUUGCCUCGGUCGCCAGCCCGGGGGACGCGUCCCCACCGCCUACAGACCUGGCCAAGAAGGGGCCGUACGGGCUUUCAGGGCUGAAACGAGCCUCUGCUUCCUCCCUCAGGUCCAUCUCGGCCGCUGAAGGAAACAAGAGCUACAGUGGAUCCAUUCAAAGCUUAACUUCCAUAGGUUCCAAGGAGACGCCCAAAGCCCCACCAAACCCAGACCUGCCUCCAAAAAUGUGCAGGAGGUUAAGGCUAGACACUGCCUCCAGCAAUGGCUACCAGCGACCCGGCUCCGUCGUGGCAGCGAAGGCCCAACUGUUUGAAAAUGUUGGUUUGCCGAAGCCAGUUUCUUCUGGGCGCCAAGCCAAAGCCAUGUACUCCUGUAAGGCAGAGCACAGCCAUGAGCUUUCCUUCCCCCAGGGGGCGAUCUUUUCCAACGUGUACCCGUCAGUGGAACCAGGAUGGCUGAAGGCAACUUAUGAAGGCAAAACAGGACUGGUCCCAGAAAAUUAUGUUGUCUUCCUCUAAGACUACUUAGUGGGUGGCAGUAUCUUCAUGGUAUCCAUGGUAACAAGCAAUAAGUGCUAUGAUUUUUAUCUGACACAGAUAUGGGGAUCAGCCCAUUAAAAUGAGAACAGUCCAUUUCUAUCAAGUUCUACACCAGCAGACUAUGUAGCUCCCUAUUAAGAGAAAGGAAAAUGAUGUUUAAAUUGUUUGCCGUUCAUUUUUCUUUUUUUCUUUUUUGGCUGGUUUCUUAUUUCGAAGUAGCUUGCCCCCUUCCUUUUUUUUUUUAGAUAAGUAACUCUCCCCACAAUGUCUCUUUCAUAACAAUUGUAAUCUCAAAUGCUGUGUUAAGUACUACUAUAUCCCCAAAAUUUGGAAACCAGAAAUCUGCUAUAAGACUUUUGAGAUCUGCCUGUUACUGUCUGGUGUUCUCUGAGAAACCUUGAAACCAUUACUAAAAAAUGUAAUUUAAAUUGUUCAUUUAUUAUGAUUUUUUUCUUAAAAAUAUACUGCUAUUAUAUAUGAUUGUUUUGCUGGUCCUAAACAUUUCAAGGAAAUAAGGCUUUUUUUUAACAUAGAUUUAUUUUUAUUUGUUUACCAAGUAGAUGAUAAUAUUCAAAAGCAAUAAUGUAUAUGAUGUCUGUAAAUGAAACCGAAUUAGGUCAUACACUGAUUCUGCUGUAAACGCUCCGUGCAGCAUUCCAGACACCUUCCAUGGGCUUAGAGCAGGGACCAGCAAACUAUUUCCGUAAAGGCCUGAUGGUAAAUAUUUUCUGCUUAGCAGGACCUGUGGUCUCUGUCACACCAGUCCACUCUGCAUUGUAGCAGAAGGUGGCCAGAGACACAAGUAAAUGGGUGUGGCCGUAUGCCCAUACAGCUUUAUUUCAGGACGCUGAAAUUUGACAGUCAUGGUUAUCACGUGUCAUGAAAUAUUAAGCUUCUUUGACUUUGAAAAAUCCAUUUAAAAAUAGAAUUGUUCUAAGCCUAUGGGCCGUAGACAGACAGGUGGCAGACCAGGGUUGACUCCUGGGUCACGGUCUGUUGACCCCUGGUUUAGAGGAUGUGUAAAAUGACCUUUAUAACUUUGAGAUUUUAUGAAAUUUUAUUCCAUUAACCUAUAAAUGCUGGUAAGUCACACGCACAUAUCCUCUGGUAGUAUCAUUGUAGUGGUGUCACAAAUGUGUAACUGCAGUAAUAGGAAAGCAAUGUAAAGGCGCCGUGUACAAGCAUACAACGUAAGCUCUACCUGCGGCUCUGUAAAGUGUCAAAGUCUUUUACUGAUGUCUAGUUUGGGGUUUUGAGAAAUUCUCCUACAAGUGAUAAGGAUGCUAUUUUAAGACACUAGUAAAGACAUGCCUUCUAAAGUCUAUGCUUAGUUGAAACAGAAUCCAAAUUCUUUAUACAGGAUUCUUAAAUGGUUUUGAACUGGGGUUUGAAAUUGUUACAUCAUCUCUAGCAAGAAUAAAGUCAUACAUGAUUUUCGGGUAUGCCUUUCGGUUUACAACCUUUAUUAGGGAUUUCACUGAAUUUAUAGAGCAUAGAAAUAGAUAUUUACUACCCAUUUAUAUAUACCAUCAACAUCUGGCCAUGCAUCCACCAUUAGUUCUAUUAUUUCUAUUUGAAUAAUUCUCACAUUGUUUCUAUACAUAACUACGAGUGGCAAAGAGCCUUUCUUCUAAAGAUUCUCAAAAGCUGGUUCCCUGCCAUUGACUGCCACAGUGCUGGCCCCUUGGCCAUGGCAUUUUACCUGUUGCUUCACAGUUCUUCACUGUACAGACACUCAGGUAUCGACUACAGACAUUUCUUCUUAACGUGAUAUUGUGAUCUGUAAUCUCAAUCUCUUCUACUUUAAUGUUUCUAGAGUUAAUAGGUUAAAUUAUACAUGCCCACAUGCACAACUAUGCCUGGGAGCAUUUGUGCUUUUAAAAUUAAAAAUGGAAUAAUGGAUGAGAAUGUAAAAGUAAAGAGAGUAACCGUAGACGGACUCGCAACCAGAAGUAAAUAUCAGUGCAUUGAAAUAAAGGGAUGAAAACUAUUUAAUGUUAUAAAAAUUAGUAAUAUAAUGACAAAACCUGAUAAGUUUGUUGCCUUUUUUUUACCUGCUGCUGUUGACUUUUAUACACGAUGAUUAUGUGUUGUUAGAGCUUCUUGAUCUCUGGAUCCUCGGUGGCCCUCAGGAGUAGUAAUCGUGCUGUUCACACCCCGACUACCCUCUGCUGGGACAGAGGUGGUCUUUCUUGUGGACCAGUCCCUGAGUCUACAACACCCUCAGUUUAAGCGUCCUGGCUAGCAUUUGGCAUCUGACUAAAUGAGAACCUCUGAAGACAAACUGAUUUUCUUUCAAAGACCAACUUGAAUCCAAAACGGUGAUUCCUGCUUCACUUGCUGCUGCAUAAAGAAAUCUCAGCCUUCAUUUGAUUUUAACACAGGCCGUAGUGUCCCUGCCUCGGAGCUGUCUGUGGGCUAAUCCCACGGAUGCUCAGUGAGGAGACAGCACGGGCUGUAACGGAUGUGCGUGGGGAGCCCUGCUCCUUUAUCCUGGGGAGGCAGAGCUGGGGCCAGUCCUGGAUAGGGUCCGUUUUUUGAAACAAGCGGCAAAAGUGCUUGUUCAAAUUGUGCUUUUACUUGCCGUUUUAAUCUCACAGAUUUGUGAGGAUGGCUUUCUUCUUCAUACUGACUGUGUGUGGAAGCAAGUCAUGGCCAUGUGCUAGAGACAGGCGGAAGCUGCUUUUCCCUAGAAACGUUGCCAACAGAUAAUGUAUUUGUGGGCGUUGAGAAAAAUCAGGACAUGUGCUCUACAUUCCAGGGAAUAUUACUUGCACCAGAAGGCAAUGCCAGCCGAGAGAAGAUGAUCACAUUUGAAAUCGUAGCAGCAUUUCAGUAAUGAAACCUUAGCUUUGCAGAGACAUAGUGAAGACCCGCUAGACUUCCCACAUUUGACACACACACAAACGUGGGCGCCCCAAUCACUGCUGCCAGUAUAAUCAGGAUGAGAAAGAGACUGAUGAGUCAGUCAGUCUUCUCAUCUGUUAUGUGAAAAUAUCGUCAAAGACAAAACCUUUAUGUAACUAGCAGGUGACUCCUCUGUUGUGCCGUAACCCCGCCAACUUUAUAGAAACUACUAGUCAGUCAACCGAAGGCUUUUUCUGUUGUGUUACAUGUAAAUGUCUGAGUAGUUGAACCAUCCCUGUAUUCCUCUGAAGUCUGUGGCAGAUGAGGAAGUGCCACAUCUCCCUAUUCGAUGGGAGUGGUUUGCCCAGCUGUGUCUUCUCCCUGUGCUUUGCACUAAGUGGGCGCUACCAGGCUUCUCAGCAGUGGCUCCUUUGCUGGCUCUUUCAGGAAUGGUUGAGAUUUUUUAAAAAAUGUUCUUUACAGUUCCAUACUCUCCAGGUUCCCAAAUAGGAAAAAUAAAAGGACACAAUUUUUUGUUUUAUUUCUGCAAUCGUUGACUUUAUAUAGGGUGGCAUGUUUUCUAAAAAUCCACCACGAUGUUAAGGAAAUAAAUCCAGCCCUGCAAUCCUGGGAAGAUAGCACCUGCUAACCUCCUCGCUCCCAGCCUCAUCUUCAGGUCUGUCUGUGUCCUACGUGAGAGGGUCUCGUUCACAUGGAUGCUGCUUUAGAAGAGUCCCUCAGAGCCUUUCUUCAAACAGCUUCAAUGUCUAGUAUGCCCCUACCAGUUAUCUUUUUGUGAUGCUUUAAUCAGCAUUUAGAACCCCAACUUGAUUUGUAUUUUAUUGACUGAAGGUAGAGCAGUUUAGGAACAGAUUUUGUUCUUUGGUUUUAGAAUACAUUUGUAAUUUGCAGCUGUCUUUGUGACCUAACAGCACAGGAUUGGACCCCAAAAUCAUAUCUCUUGGUAAAAAAAAAAACAAAAAAAAAAACAGAGACUUGAUUACUGUCCAGAAGUUAUUUGCCUUUUUACUAAAGAUUUCCCACAUAGGGUAGAAAUUGCUGUUUACUUUUCCCUCCUACCUUGUUUGGUUAGUUUCCAAAAUCAAAACACUCUUUGCAAAUGAAGUCUAUUGAAUAGUCUUCUGCCUGUUUCCUGUAGACCCACAGACUUAAUUUCAGGUAUUCAUCUGCGAGUCCCAUAUCUCCUGAACGCAUUCAGUGUCUCCAUUCAUUGUCACAAGUAUCUCCCUGCCUCAAAUCUCGGUGGUAGUAACCCCGGACAAAUUCAGGCUUGUGAAUGACAUGGCCUUUGAAACAAUCAGAUCAACAAACAGGAUUUUUCAUUUUUAUAGGGCAGUUACAUCCACUGUUUUGAACCAGGAAUCUCAAGUAAGAAUGCUGACAGCACCCACAGCAAGCCCCAGCCAGAAUACUGAUUUACAUAUUCUAGCCCAAUGUGUAGAAGCUGUUGUGUGAAUUAGGGAGCCCAACAGGUCAUCCUUCCUCUCCUUGUCACUCAUGAGAGAGACGCCAAGUUCAGAAGCUGAACACUUCUUUCUUGGUGCUGUAGGGAGAAAUGGAAUCUGUAUGCCUUCUGAGGAGCCCCAAAAGGCAGGGGCCAUUUACAGUUAUCACAGACAUAAACAUCCUUCGUCAUCCAGGAUGUUCAGGUUCAGGAGCACUUGAGGACCUUAAGUGCUGGAGGUGGGGGGGGCCACAGGUGCCUCUGCCACCUUAAUUAGGUGACCCCUUUCUCCCCUUUGUACCAGCUCUUGGCAGCGUUUCCCACGGUCUUUACCCUUCCAGGGUUCAGAACGGCCGACUUUGCCUUGAACCCAUUGUCUCUUGGAUUAAAAGUGUGCGUUGUUUUUCAUACAGCAGCAUGUUAGAGAUUUGAUCUCUGCCUCUCUUAUCUCCAGUUAUGAUCUAUGCUUAAAAGCCUAGAUGUCAUCACAUAUUUGAGGGCUGUGAUUUCAAGAGUCCUGUUGAACUCUGAGCUGAAACCUUUACAAAUAAAUAGGGAGUGUGGCAGGGAAGGUGGGGUUUUUUUUGUUUUUUUGUUUUUUGUUUUUUUCAUUUUUAAUUCAGAAUCCUAUUUAUAUACUGUUAAAAUUUGAGGUACUAUAGUUUAUAUAAAAAUUGAAUAUUUAGAUGAUCUAUUUCAGUACUAGGAAUUUGCAGCCAUUAACAUGACAAAUUAAGUGAUAAAUAUGAAAAUGAUUGUCAGUAAAUUAUCAUAUUGAAUUUUUUGUUUAUUUUGUAGUGUUUUUAUAUUUAUCUGCACUUUGUGUAUAUAUAUACACGCAUACAUAUACAAACAUGUAAAUAACCUCAUGUUAUUCCUUAUCUAAAUUGCCACAAUAUCUUUAAUGUAUGUUUACACUGUAUUUUAAAUUACUUUAAAAAUAAACUAUGUAAGCACAUUUUAA